UCGCUGGGAUAAGGACGCCGCUUUGACAACAAUUUCCUGUUGGCGAACGCGCUGCGCCCUUCGUGGCUCUCAGCAUGCAGCGAUACAGUGUGUCCGGAUUUUCCCACGAACUGGGCUACAGGCCUUUUCACUUCGCUGAGCCCAUUCCGGCCGUCAGAAUAUGCGCUGUCUGUGGGUUGCUUCCACAAACGACCACUUCACUGCCAUGUCGACAUGUGCUCUGCAAAACGUGCUACCCGCAGUGCUUGGUCAACGGAAUCUGCGAAUGUCCACUGGAUGGGGAUAAAUUCCUCGUAAAAGAUGCUGAAUGGAAAAUUUUCCCCAUGAAGAAUCUGCUGAGGCGCAAGGUGAAAUGUUGGAACGAGGACAACGGUUGCGACGCCGUCAUGACUAUUUCAGACAUGCUGAAGCAUUUUGAUGAAGAAUGCGUGCAUCACACUACGCGUUGUCCGAGCUGCUCAGCGCUUCUUCUGAGGACAAAUCUGUGUGCGCAUCGAAGAAGUAACUGCAGCACGCAUGCAUUACCCAAACACGCCCAACCUCUGGAGCCGUGGAGGAAUUCAGUUCAGGAACCGAUGAUCACCGCUUUGGAGACGACGUUGAGUGAAUGCGUCGGGGAACUGAAAGCUGGAAUUGAACAGAUUUUACAAGAGCACGUGACCAACAGCGAGAGAUUGGAUGAGGUCUCGGAUAUUUUAAAUGCGCUUAGAGAGACAGUGGUGCAGAUAUCAGAAAAGCAAGAACAGGAAAUGAUUGUGGUGAAAAACACUGCGUUUAACGAAGUGAAAAAAGACUUGGUUGCACAAGGUGAAAAGUUUGACGAAUUUUCACGAAGAUUAGGUGUUUUAGGUGAAAAUGUCAAAAGUACAGCUAACGCCACGCAACAAUCUCUGGAGAAGCUGGAGCAGAGCCACGCCGAAUUGAGGCGACGUUGUACAAAAGACGACAACCAGCUUCAGAGAGUCUCAGACAUUGUGAGCUUAUUCGAGGGUAUUCUCGAUGAAGCACUGGAGCGUGCAACAAAAGCCAUCGUACAGAAGUGCAAAACAUAUGCUGAGCUUUUUGCUCCACCAAAGGUGAAAGAGAUGGAAUGUGGCAAAAAGGCAUUGUGUGAGAAUGAGACUCUGCUCUUAGCGAAGAACACAUUGAGCAUUACACUGCAUGCAUUUUGUGUAAAAGAAAUCAAGGCUUUGAAAGAAAAAGCGACAUCAACAGGUUUAGCGAGAGACACAUGCGAGCCCAUAUACAUUUGUGGCUAUCACAUUACGUUUUUAUUGUAUAUGAAGAAACGUGAGAACACCGUUUCAGUGCACGCAGGAUUACAGCUGCAUAAAGGUGUGGUGGAUGAAUUCUUACAGUGGCCGUUCUUACACAAAGUGAAGCUCACAUAUAUGCAUCCAUCUUCAGACAAACACCUUCAGGUUUUAAAUGUCACUCCUUUUGAUCCCGAACAUUGUGGUAGGCCGACAAAAUCAAGGAAUGCAGAAUUUUAUUGGAACCAUUUCGUACGCCUGGAGGAUCUGGAACGUGAAGGGUACAUUGAGGCUGAUCAACUCAGCUUAAAAUACGAGCUUCUGCCUUCAUCGAAAGUAACAGAUUAUUAGACAGACUCAGCGCUUUACCAACAAUUCAUUUGAACAGUGGGCACCCAGAAACUCGUAAGAAGAAUUUCCGAAGCGCGUAAAACUUGGGGAGAAUUUAACAUACUGGUGAACUAGAGUGGUUUGAAAUAACUAAUGCGGCUAUUUUUUUACAAGUAAUAAAACAUGUUUCAGCGAAUAAGCAGACUUAGCAUGGCAUGAGACAGACUGUAAAGCCUUGAUUUUUUUUGCUAUUGCGCAAUUAUCUCACAUUUACGGAGGCUAACGUGCGUUGAACCAAUUAGCGUAGUUUUCACAAGUGGCGUAACGCUACAGAAACAGCAUAAUUGAUUGGCACCAAGCUUGCUCAGGUGUUUACGAGUGUUGCUUGGUCUUGCCUAUCUCGGCGACGUGAUGCUUUUUUUCGUUCAUUGUUCCGAGGUGAUGCUUGUUUUUUUUUCUUAGUGGUGCGAGAUGAUUUUUAUCGUCAUGUUUUUGGCAGGCAUUGCUAGAUAACUUAUUUUAGUUGAACGUGCUCUGCACUCACAUGCGUUUUCUGUUCCGAAUCUCGGCGAAACUGUACAUGUCAAAUUGAGGCUGAGCUAAGCACGUCCAAACGUUGUCUUUUGCUUUUGUUUAGCAACUGAUUUAUUGUUGAAGUCUCGAUUAACUAUAACAAGGUAUAGGUCAUGCAUAUCAUAAACUAAGCUCACCCAAGCACUGUUCAGAAUAUAUUGUUCAUUGACCGAUUACC